GCUAUCUAAGCGAAAAUAGUAAGCGAGAAAUUUACUGUCAGGGCUCCAAACCCCAAUCGCGAACUUUCCGUAUUGCUUGGUCCAAGUCGAGCUUCAACCACCAGCCUCCUUCGUCAACGACUCAAAACCGCCAAAAUGCUCAUCCCCAAGGCCGACCGCAAGAAGAUCCACGAGUACCUCUUCCGUGAGGGUGUCCUCGUCGCCAAGAAGGACUACAACUUGCCAAAGCACAACGACAUCGACACAAAGAACUUGUACGUCGUCAAGGCUUGCCAGUCCCUCACCUCCCGCGGAUAUGUCAAGACCCAGUUCUCGUGGCAAUACUACUACUACACCCUGACCCCCGAGGGUCUGGACUACCUCCGCGAGUGGCUCCAUCUCCCAGCUGAGAUCGUUCCUGCUACCCACAUCAAGCAGCAGCGCUCGCACGCACCUCCCCGCGGAAUGAUGGGGGGUGAGGGUGACCGCCCAGAGCGCAAGCCAUUUGGAGGACGUGGUGGUCGUGGUGGCCGUGAGGGCGGCGAUCGCGAGGGUGGUUACCGCCGCCGUGAUGCCGGAGAGGGCAAGGAGGGUGGUGCCCCAGGAGAGUUCGCUCCUUCGUUCCGUGGUGGUUUCGGACGUGGACGCGGCGGUGCUGCCCCAGCAUCUUAAAUAUGCGCUUACCUCUGCUCUUUGCAUCGGGUACGGCUCCAUAUGUUUUCAUUCAAAAAGGUUGGGCUGAACAGUAGCGCGUUUGGUCGAGUGAUAGAAAUCGCCGGGGACAUGAAUAGGUCGGAGCAGGAAGUUGACACUUCACAGCCGUCAGAUAGCACAAUGAGCUUCAUCCAUUGAAUGCCUUUUAGCUACGAGUGAAUGCCUAUUAAUUCAUCAUUUCUGCUUCGAGAA